UCAGAAACCCAGCUAUUUAUUAGUCUUCAUGGUAGGAAAUAUUUAGCAGUUCAAGGUAAGCAUUUUCAAUGGAAAGAUUUUGUUUAAUGUUCUCAGUAUUUUACAGCCACAGUCUAUAGUCCAUGAGAGUUACAGAAUAGCUAAUAAUUAGUUUCUGCCUCUACCUUGUAAAUGCCAGUGAAUCCUCUUACAACCUUCAAGUGAGAGCUAAAUCUGAUUGCGGUAUCUGACUUUGCCAUGGCUUUGCAGGGGCAGGUAAGUAGAGCACAACAAGGGAGGGAACAGAAAUUGGGGCUAGAACUUUGUCUAAAGAUCUCAUUGAGUUUUACCAAAUUCAUUUCCAAACUACAACCCAAACACAACCCAAUUUUCGUUUCAUCACUGCUGAUGGAGACAUGAUCUCACUGACCCCCAGCAUUCUCUUCAGGCCCUGUCUGUGUUACAGAGCACCAUCUAAUAACCCUGUCACAUGCUGCUGCAGGAGAUGUGCUUGUGCCCCAUUAAAAGUUAAUGCUAUCUCAUAUAUUAACUGGGGACUUUCUAAAUGCAAACCACAGUUUAAAGAGGUAACUUUACACUGUUACACUUGAGUUUAUAGGACUCUGAAAACAGUCUGGAGACACCGGACAUCUAAAAGUUUGCUGAAUCACAAGUUGAACAUGAUGUAAGAAAGUCAUACUGUUGCAAAAAUAAAAAGACUGACACCAUUCUGAACUGUAAAGCAGCCGUGCUUUGUGAAUCAGCAGCAGUGACAUUUUCCAGCAAUCCCCACAUGAAAGCCAGUGGAAAGGGUGAUGAGGGAUUUCCGCUCCGUGACCUCGCCCUGCAGUGGGACAGUCACCGCACUGGCUCUGCCAUUCUUUCUAUGAAGCACUGCAGUGACAGCUGAAGUUGCUUUCCAGAAGUCAUCUCAUCAUCUGACAGCAUCCAAUACCUUAACUUUCCUUAGCCCAGGAGACAAACUACCUUGAAUUUCCUACUUUUCUGAGUUUUCCAAGCUGGUGGCAAUGGCAAAUUAUUUUGGAGUUACCUCAAAGGUGUCCUUCAUCUGGGUUAUGACAUUCCUGGCUCAAAAUUACUUUGUAACAGGUUCCAUUAAUUCACCUUGCAGGAUCAAGGGUAUAGGAAUUUAUCUUGAUCAGAAAGCGAAUUUCUCAGAAGCAAGUAAUGGAUGUAAUCAAUUCAGCCUAGAGUUGGCAAGUAAAAUACAAGUUGAAGAGGCUUUGAAACAUGGCUUUGAAACAUGCAACUAUGGAUGGGUGAAAGAUGGAUUUGCUGUUAUUCCUCGGAUAACAUCCAACCAGAAAUGUGGUCAGGGAAAAACUGGAAUAGCACAAUGGAAUGCUGGCAAGGAUAAAAAAUUUCAUAUCUACUGCUUCAAUUCCUCAGAUGUCCGGAUUAAUUCCUGUCAACCAGACCCAGCUACAACCACACUUCCUUUAUCAACUGCAUCAAGAGACUUAGCUUCAUAUUCAGCCUCUGAUUUGACUGAGAACAUCACAGCAGUGUCUGCUGUGACUGUGACUGAGUCAGAACAAUUCCCGAGAAAGAGAUUUCGUGUGGUGUGCGUGACUGAAACACUCUCACCAACAGAGGGGCCCACCACCACCCCAGUGCCAGAGGAGCACUCGGCCACUGACUCUCCCAAGCACACUCCCCACCUGGCCUUUAAGAAUGAUGCUGUUGUUUUUGGAGGUAUCCCCACUGCACUUCUUGUACUGGCAAUCAUCUUCUUCAUUAUUUCUGUUGUUCUAGCAGUCUGUUAUAUCAAAAAGUACAAGAAAACCUUACCAUUUUUAAACAAGAAUCAGCAAAAAGAAACAGUUGUAACUACUGCUCUCAAAGAGACAAAAUCAAAUGACCAAACACCUGAGAAGGAAACACAGAAUAAUGGAAAUAAGGUAGAAGAGUGUAAAACUAAGCCUGAGCCAACAGUAAAAUGUCUAGAAGCAGAAGUUUAAAGGAAAGAAUGUACAGUUCUUGAUGGAAGUAUAAAAUAAAGCACACAGGGCUUAGUAGUGGUUUUAAACAUAAGUGAUUUGUAAAUACUUAUAUUUUCUCUACCUUUAACAUAUGAAACCUUGGUUUUUUAAUAAUUACUUCUUUGGCAACAAAUAUUCUUGCAGAAGAAUAUGAUAUCCUAUUUACUUGAAAUAAAUUCUACAAAUCCAUAUUACAGCUCAUCUUUAAUAAAGAAGCAAUUUGGAAUAUGCUAUUAACAACAUGCACUACAUUAACUAUUUGCAUGGAAUUUAGAUCAGUAUAUAAUGAAAAGGUUUUCAUAUCUUGCUGGAGGAUGUCUGCUAGCCUAAUGCCUAAAAUAAAAACUGGCACUGUAGUUCUUCCUCAUGUAAAUUAGCUUAUUUCCAUUCAGUAGUUGCAUGCUGCUUUAAAAAAUGUCUGUUUACAAACAGAAGAAACAGUUCUGUUUACAAGGGAGUGAAAACUCAAAGGAUUAACCCACUGUCAUUCAAAUGCCCAAAGAAGGGUACAAAAAUGCUGAGAUGUGUGUGUGUAUAUACACAGCAAUGAAUAACUUACUUUGAUACCUUCAUUGUAUCAGAAUUUACUGUUUUAUUUAUUGAAAUCAUUAUCAUUCUUCCGCAUGAGAUAUUUGACAGAGUGGGACAAAAAAAUCCUUGAGCAAGACUUUUACUGGAGAUCUUUUGUGUGUAUUUAAGUGUGGCUUUCAUAAUAAAGGUGAUAUGGGAUGUCUGCGGUGCUCCCUAAAAAAUAAACUGUG